UUAAAGUUUCAGAUUUUUUGUUCAACGCUUUAACUAUAUAUGCAUGUUUACCUUCCGUACAAAGUUACAACUUACAUUAAGAUACGUACAUUUAAUUUGUUUGGCGCAGUUUUUCUUGUUAAUUACCAAUUUCUAUAGUGUAUGUUUACCUUAUGUUCAAAGCCCCUUAAUUAGUGGCUCAGUGGCUUAAUACCAACUUAUACUCCACCUAUAUGACUUAUCAUAGAACUAUAUAUAUGCACUCAUUUCUUCAUAAUCUCCAUCAACCAUCUACCAAAAACAUACAUUUUAAGAGAACGAAUCAAAUUCUUAUCGAGAGAAUCCGUUUUCUUAUUGUGUCUAAACACGAUAAAACUUUGAUUUUAGACCCUAUUAUAUGAAGGAGGUUCUGAUUGAGUUUUAAAGUCGUACAAUAUUUUAUUUUGGUACUUUUAUUCCUAGUUACCAACAAAAUGACCAAGCUCAAAAAUUGUACAUUUGCCAUAUGUUAUUUUCUAUAUAUGGUGCUCAUCAACUUACCAUCAUUAUCCUUAUGUGCUACAACAACAGUCUAUAAUGUGCUAAAUUUUGGAGCUAAACCAACUGGUUUAAUUGAUACAAACAAGGCCUUCGUAAGUGCAUGGGAGGCUGCAUGCAACACUGAAGGAUCUACGAUGAUAGUUGUUCCUAAAGGGAGGUAUUUGCUCAAUCCCAUCAACUUCGAUGGCAGCGAUUGUAAGAGCAAUGAUAUAACCUUCGAUAUCGAUGGAACCAUAGUGGCACCCCUUGAUUAUCGGGUGCUCGGAGCUGGGGAUCGUUGGGUCGGGUUCGAGAGGGUUAGUGGUGUUACAAUUACUGGUCGUGGAACCUUUGAUGGUAAAGGAACCUCCUUGUGGGAUUGCAAGAAAGGGAAAAAUGGUGAUAAGUGUCCUAUAGGUGCAACUACAUUAACGUUUACCAGCUCCAACAACAUAGUGAUCAAAGGAAUAAGUUCACUAAAUGGCCAAUUGUACCAUAUUGUGAUAAAUAGAUGUAAGAAUGUUCUAAUUGAAGCAGUCAAGAUUAGAGCUCCUGGAAAUAGCCCUAACACUGAUGGAAUCCAUGUCCAAUUCACCACCGAUGCUACCAUUACAAACUCUAUCGUUAAAACAGGAGAUGAUUGUGUCUCCAUUGGACCUGGCACUAAGAACUUGUGGAUUGAACGACUCGCAUGCGGCCCUAGUCAUGGUAUUAGCAUUGGGAGCUUAGCUAAGGACAUGGAUGAAGAAGGUGUACAAAAUGUUACAGUAAAAACAGCAGUGAUUGCUUACUCCACAACUGGUGUGAGAAUUAAGUCAUGGGGAAGGCCUAGCAAUGGCUUUGUUCAAGGAAUUGUUUUUCAAGAUAUUCUCAUGCGUUACGUUUGGAACCCAAUUAUCAUUGACCAAAAUUAUUGCCCACACAUGAAGAAUUGUCCUGGUCAGGAAUCUGGAGUGCAAAUCAGUGAUGUUAAGUAUCAAAAUAUUAGAGGAACUUCAUUGAGUGAAGUUGCAGUAACAUUUGAUUGUAGUGCCACAAAUCCAUGCAAAGGAAUUCAACUCCAAAAUAUCAAUCUCAAAUAUGGCAAUCAAAAAGCUCAAUCAUAUUGCAAUAAUGCAGUUGGGGAAAUAUCGGGCUUGGUUCAACCCAAGAGUUGCUUGAACUUAACUUAGAUUUUACUUUGUGUUGCUUGAAAUCAUUCAUUUUGUACCACUACUAUAUAUAUAUGUAUAUAUAUGGUGCAAACUACUAGUUUAGUAGUUUAUGCCAAUAAAACAAUGUUUGUAAUUUCAAUUGUAUGUUUUUUCUAGCUAGAUCUUUUGGUUGCAUAUGUUAAUACAAUCAGCAACCAAAAGCUUUGUACAGUAUGUUCAAUGAUGAUUUUGAAUCAUUAGUUACUGUAUGAUACCGGAUUCUCCAGUUUAAUGAUGGAAUCAUACAAAUUAAAGUGAUUAGUCGCGUAAUUU